AUGUCUCUGAUAGCGCCGCGAAUCAUGGAGACACGGGUGGGAUGGGUCGCAAUGCCGCUCGCCAAAGCGACAGAUUGGAGGUGCAUUUCUGCACAGCACCCCACCCCAAGUGUGGGCUCAUCCAUUGAAAGGAGCAAUGAAGUGUGCAGACUGCCAGAGCACUCACUCCAUUCCAGGGGAAAACAAGCGUCCAAACUUUUGUUGGAAUCAACCAUGCUCAGAGUUCAUAAUGUGCAGCGGAAUGGAAAUUCGAUGCGAAUAUCGUCUGGACCAGAUGCAAACUGUGAUCUUGUCAGUCAUGCUGAUGAGAAGGUCACCAUCGACACAGAAAUAAUCAGGGAAAGUGAGGUUCCCAUGAGUGGAACAGAUGGCAACCAAUGCGAGGACAACCUAGAGAAGCCGAGGCUCAGCCGCCCAACUCCAAGAGCACAUGUAAAAGAUGCAACAAUGGAGCCUGACGGACUUCCUGCAAUCAUUCGGCCAGAACCCAAUGCCUAUUUAGGAGCUGAUCGCCGAGAUGGUUGGGAUGGUUUGGGAGAUAUUGGGACGCUGCGUCUGGGUGGUGUGCUGUUUCACUCACGUGAUGAGGUUUUCCAACGUUUUGGAAACCUCUUGCAUCACACACGGAUAAAUGACAGAGUCCCUGCUUUUGAGCAAGAUUUGCUGUUGGAGCUGGUCAAGAAAGGCCAUCGUGCACCCAAUGAGAAAAUAGGUGUUGGCGUUGAUUAUGUGUGGGUGGGCCGCCAUGCAGAAUGGAGAGGGCAAAGAUGUUUCAUGUUGCACCGGUUUGAUGGGACUGACAUUGAUUUUUCCUACCGGAAGUGCAUCAACAACUUGUUUCUGCAACAGUGGGAACUUGGCGACCUACCCCCGCUAGUUCAACUAAGGAAUGAUGCCAAACGCUACAUGGGCUUGGUGAGGCACAGACCUGGUAGCUGGAGCCUGAGGGAAGGUGUGGAUGUGGAAGAAUUCAGAAAACACACCAGGGCGAUCUUCAAAGCUGUCUUUUCUGUGCUUGAGACAAUCAGUGGGGAAAGGCAACGAACAGCAACAGUCCUAGCGAUUGAGGCUCUGGGCUGGACAGCACUUGCUAACAAGGAAUUGCGGCCACAGAUCCUGGAGCAUCGGUGCUUCCCACGCCUGCUUGCUGAUGCUGCAUUGAUAAUCGACGAAUUGCAGAUAGACGAACUGGGAGAUGCUGUCCUGCAUCUCAGUGCUCUCAGUGAAGAUGCUCAUGUUUUAGAGUUGAUGGAGCACUUGUCAGUGAGACUGAUGGACUCUGUCAACCAGAUGCGGGUGGUUCCCAUAAUCCAGCUGCUGAGGGCCUUUGCCCAGACUCAAAUUGUGCCGAAAGCUAUAUCCCUGUCGCAACUCAUGCUAAGGCUGGAGGUGACAAUUCAGAAGGAGAUGAUUCCUCUGUACCUGAUCGGAGAUUUGAUUUAUGCUGUCACAAAGCUGGGUCUGCAAGGACAGAGUACCAUGGACGUCCUGGGUGGUCGUAUUCGGUGGUCAAGCUUUGUGAAUGUCCCAUAUCAAGUCACGAAGGCGUUCUGCAUCAUGGCGAAAGAGGACUACUACCCGAAUGAAAGCCUUGCGAAUGAGCUGUGCGACUUGGCAUGCAGCCAGCAGGAGCAGCUCCCUUCCUACUUUGCAACAUGGAUCUGGACGUCGAUUGUUGCUCUGCGGCACAAGCUGCCACCUGUGUUGCUGAAGAGAUUCCUGGGAAUAGUAGAGGAAAGGUUGAACAUGUUUUCUGCAUCUGAUUUGUCUAAGUGGAUCUGGGGGCUUGGGAAUCAUGGGCUGGAUGUGCCAGUGUAUGAUACAAUGCUUGCUCGGCUCGUUGACAUUAUUGAUCUGGACAAGAAAAGGAACCCACUGAACUCGGUGGAGUUGUGGAUGUGCCUCUGGUCCAUGGCCAUUCUCGGCAAAUAUGAUAUGCCAGAGUUCACCUUACUCUGGGAACGUGCUUGUAGAAUGCCGAUCCAACCAAAGAUCUUGACAAUGGCUUUCCAGGUGAGUGUUGCAACAGAGAUGGCAGCCCCUCACCUGGACCUGCAUCUGCCGGAGCCUCUGUUCAGGGCUGCAAAGGAAAGCUGGCAGUCAAGGGUGAGGCAUACCUGCAUUUCGUCCUUCCAUUCUUCUGUCUGCAGGGUGCUCAAGGGCAUGGGAUUCAGCUUUGUGUAUGAGCAUGUCACAGAGAACCACCUGUGCUCAGUGGACAUAGCCUUGCUGCCACCCCAGCCAGAGGCCUGGAGGCAGCAGCAGAGAAUACCAACGAGUGAUGCCGCAGCCGAUGGGAAUCCUGAUUCUGUGGAUGUUCCCAGGGCUCAUGAAUCGCUGGAAUUUAACGAAUUUGGUGGAAACGAUCAAGGCUGGGAUCCUGAAGAUGACAUCGCUUGCAUUACCUCAAAUGCCUUUGAGGAUUCGGCCCUAGCCAGUGCCAGUGUGGGGUCAGUGGGGGUGCUGGAAGAGGCAGAUAUGGAUGACAUUGUGACGGAUUACAAGAGAUCCCAGCAGAUAAACUUCAUGCUGAAUGAAGUUGAACCCCAGAAUGGAUGCAGACAAAAAGAGGAAGAAAGGCAAAUUGGCGAAAUUGAACUUGAGCGGCUGCUCAGGGAGGCAUCCCUUCCCAAGGUUGCCAUUGAAGUCGAUGGACCUUCCCAUUUCUUUAGGAACAGUAGAGAAGAGCUGGGACGCAACGGAAUUCGGCAGAUGCUGCUGAAAAAGCUUGGUUGGACCGUCGUUCAUGUACCUUAUUACGAUUGGGCUGACGAAAAAGUCAAGGCGGCAUACCUUUUGGAAGUAAUGGAGAAGGCUGGAGUUAAUUCACAGGACUUCCUUGGGAACUAG